CUGCACCCCGCGCGAUCGAGCGAUCGAGCGAGCCAGAGAGCCAGAGAUCCAGCCAGCGCGCGCUCCUGGAGCCGCCGCCCCUGCGCCCCGCAGGCCGGUGGAGACGCGAGGACGGACGGGCAGACGGGCAGAAGGAUAACGGACCAUCGAGCGGGCUUGGCAUCGUGCAGAGACCAUGCUUGCCAACUCAGCCAGCGUGCGGAUCCUCAUCAAGGGCGGCAAAGUGGUGAACGAUGACUGCACCCACGAAGCCGAUGUCUACAUCGAGAAUGGGAUCAUCCAGCAGGUGGGCCGCGAGCUCAUGAUCCCCGGCGGCGCCAAGGUGAUCGAUGCCACCGGGAAGCUGGUCAUCCCUGGUGGCAUAGACACCAGCACGCACUUCCACCAGACCUUCAUGAAUGCCACGUGUGUGGAUGACUUCUACCAUGGCACCAAGGCUGCGCUGGUGGGUGGCACCACCAUGGUCAUUGGCCUGGUGUUACCUGACAAGGAGGCCUCGCUCGUGGAAGCCUACGAGAGGUGCCGGGCACUGGCUGACCCCAAGGUCUGCUGUGACUAUGCGCUCCAUGUGGGGAUCACCUGGUGGGCUGCCAAGGUGAAAGCAGAAAUGGAGACUCUGGUGAGGGAGAAGGGCGUCAACUCCUUUCAGAUGUUCAUGGCCUACAAGGACCUGUACAUGCUGCGGGACAAUGAGCUGUACCAAGUGCUGCAUGCCUGCAAGGAUAUCGGAGCCAUCGCCCGAGUGCAUGCUGAGAAUGGGGAGCUGGUGGCUGAGGGUGCUAAGGAGGCGCUCGACUUGGGGAUCACAGGCCCGGAAGGAAUCGAGAUCAGCCGUCCAGAGGAGGUGGAAGCGGAAGCCACACAUCGCGUCAUCACCAUUGCCAACAGGACUCACUGUCCCAUCUACCUGGUGAGCGUGUCCAGCAUCUCAGCCGGGGAUGUGAUCGCAGCUGCUAAGAUGCAAGGGAAGGUAGUGCUGGCCGAGACCACCACGGCCCAUGCCACGCUGACGGGUCUGCACUACUAUCACCAGGACUGGUCCCACGCAGCCGCCUACGUCACAGUGCCACCCCUGAGGCUGGAUACCAACACCUCCACUUACCUCAUGAGCUUGCUAGCCAAUGAUACUCUGAACAUUGUGGCUUCGGACCACCGUCCUUUCACCACAAAGCAGAAGGCCAUGGGCAAGGAGGACUUUACCAAGAUCCCACACGGUGUCAGCGGCGUCCAGGACCGCAUGAGCGUCGUCUGGGAGCGAGGAGUGGUGGGAGGCAAGAUGGACGAAAAUCGUUUUGUGGCUGUCACCAGCUCUAAUGCCGCAAAGAUUCUCAACCUGUAUCCCCGCAAGGGCCGUAUCAUCCCUGGAGCCGACGCCGACGUGGUGGUGUGGGACCCAGAAGCCACCAAGACCAUCUCGGCCAGCACCCAGGUGCAGGGAGGCGACUUCAACCUCUACGAGAACAUGCGCUGCCACGGUGUCCCGUUGGUCACCAUCAGCCGGGGCCGAGUCGUGUAUGAAAAUGGCGUCUUCAUGUGUGCUGAGGGCACCGGCAAGUUCUGUCCCCUGCGGUCCUUCCCAGACACCGUGUACAAGAAGCUGGUGCAGAGGGAGAAGACCCUGAAGGUGAAGGGCGUGGACCGCACCCCCUACCUGGGGGACGUGGCGGUGGUGGUGCAUCCUGGGAAAAAGGAGAUGGGGACGCCGUUGGCAGACACUCCCACUCGGCCCGUCACCCGGCACGGGGGCAUGAGGGACCUGCAUGAGUCCAGCUUCAGCCUGUCCGGCUCUCAGAUUGACGACCACGUCCCCAAGCGCGCAUCGGCAAGGAUCCUCGCCCCCCCAGGAGGCCGUUCCAGCGGCAUUUGGUAAAGGCUGAGAGCAGACCCCCAAGUGAGGACACAGCACUGCCACCAGCACAGCACCCCCUCCAGCCGGCACCUCCAUGGGGCAGGAGAGGUGGAGCUGGGUGGCAGCAUCCUCUGUGGGGGUACCCCACUUCUACGUGUGACCCACUGUGCUUCAAGCCCCGAACAGGCACUUUGAGACGAGUCUGUCCCUCCUGCUGCAGCCCCUCCUACCUGGGGGCCUAGCCAGCGCCCCCCAACUCCUCCUGCACCGCCUUCCAUGCGUCGUCCGGAUGUCAACGCCUGCCCCUGGCCAUCCCUCCAGCUUUUGGAGCACUUUGAGAGGCAAAGGGGGCCCGAGACAGCCACCCCUGCGGCUAGUCUUCCUUCUUAGGGGUCUCACGGGGGGUGUGGCUGGGACCUCGGCCAGCUGCUCUGGGGCUCACUCCCCAUGGGGUGGGGUGGGCCUCUCGUGUACAGGAUUUUGUUUUGCACGUUUGGUUUGCGCGGUGGUUUGGUUUGACUUGUUCGUGCAUCUGUGAAGACUGACGGUGCUUCGUGACUAGCAUAGUGUAGAAACGGGAGUAGAUGUGGACUGGAGACGCUGCACUGGGACCGGCUGGGUGGGGUGCGGUGGGGCGGCCCUCUUCCCUCUCCACCCCAGAGUCUUCUGCGAUGCUCACCCUUCCCCACCUAGAUGCCUCCACUAAGAAGGGAAACUUGGGACCCUCCCCCAGCAGCUCGGUGGUCUCUCUCCUCUUGGGACAAGCUCAGUGACACCCCCCCAUACACCCACACCCCAUCUUCCUGGGACCUCCCCCUGUGGAACUGAGGCCCUAGGGCCCGCUCCUCCUGUGUGAUUGGCAGGAGGGCUCAAGUCUGCUAGGAGAGGGGGAGCGGGGUGAGGAGGGAGAAAGGAUGAAUGAAGAGAGGGGCAGGAUGAUGGGGGAAUGGGAUAGGAGGGAGAGGGAUGAGGGGGAAUGGGGA